AUGGGGAGACAGUUUCGUGGCAAUUUGAUUGGGACUGACUACAAAGGAAAUCAAUAUUAUGAAAUUCCUAAAAGUCAAACAAACAGAAGAAAUGCUAGAUGGUUCGUUCCUAAAGAUGGGAAUGAGGACAAAUUUGAUGCUGGACUUCCAUCUGAGUGGGAAUCAUGGUUGAGAUAUAGAAGAAAAACACCACCCACAGAUGAAGAAAUCAAGCAAAAUUUAGAACUCAUGAAAACAAAACAAGAAAAGGCUGCUGAAAUUGAAAGUAAGUUUAAAGAAACCUCUACUCCUCCAGGACAAUCACUAACGUUUCCUAAGUACAAAGAUUAUGAGCAGCAACCUGGUGAAAAAUCUUAA